UGUGUGUGUGAGUGUGUGUGAGUGUGUAAAAGACGAGCAGCAGAUUUUUCCCCCUCUUCCUCCUCUUCCUCCUCUUCCUCUUGGUGCUGCUGGUUUCUCAGUUCACUACGACAGAAGACACACAGAGAUGAACGACUUUAUCAUCCUCUGUGCUGCUGUGUGUUUGGGACUUUUACUAAGUCAAGCUCCCGGGUUUAAAGCUGAGACUUUACACAAUGAUUUCCUGCAGGAUAUUUUAACGCUUUACGGUCAGGACCGAUUAUUAGACAUUAACGGGAUUAAAGCUUUACUGGAAACCGUCACUCAGGGAAAACCGGCGGCGCUGGACACACUGGAUGCGCAUGCGCAGUGUGGAUCUGCAGAGGAGAUUCUUGCUCUGUAUGGCCUCAGCAACCUGACACACCUGGACAAGGGGCACCUGAGGACCAUCUGCCCCACUCUCCUAAACAGAGCUCUUCUGCCCCCCUGCCCUCUACAAGCAGCUGAGUCUAAAACACACAUUGAGGGUCAAGUAUGGGGUUAUGGCUUCCUGGCUGUUACCAUCAUCAACCUGGCCUCACUCCUGGGUCUCACCCUCAUCCCGUUCACCAAGAAACCCUACUUCCCUAAAGUGCUCACGUACUUCAUCGGGCUGGCCAUCGGGACUCUGUUCUCCAACUCCGUCCUGCAGCUCAUACCUGAAGCUCUGGGGUUUGACCCGAAAAAAGAUAACUACAUCAUGAAGGCUGUUGGGAUCUUUGGCGGAUUUUAUCUACUCUUCUUCACGGAGAGGAUCCUGAAGAUGAUCCUAAAGACCGACGAAGAGCACGGCCACGGUCACUUCAGUCCUCCCGAGGUUCCUCAGCAGAACGGAGGAGCCGUCAUCGCCGUCACCAGCUUCAGCAUCUCAAGCAGCGACAAGAGCAGCAUGACAUCAGAAGCUACAGUGGAGCAGAUGCUGCCGUCUCAGGGUUGCUGCUCGAGGCUGGCGAGGGUGAAGACGCUGGCGUGGAUGAUCACGCUCAGUGACGCCCUUCACAACUUCAUCGACGGCCUGGCCAUCGGCGCUUCCUUCACCGUCUCAAUUCUCACCGGCUUCAGCACCUCCAUCGCCAUCGUGUGUGAGGAGUUCCCUCAUGAGCUUGGUGACUUUGUGAUCCUGCUGAACUCUGGGAUGAGCAUCAGGCAGGCCGGGCUGUUUAACCUGCUCUCAGCCAUGUCCUGUUACGUGGGAUUGGUGUUGGGGAUCCUGGUAGGCAGCACAUUUGCCCCCAAUGUCAUAUUCGCCCUCGCUGGAGGGAUGUUUCUCUACAUCGCCCUCGCUGACAUGUUCCCUGAAAUGAAUGCCAUCGCUAUGGAGCACCGGGGGAACUUCAAGACAAACAUGGUAUUCUUCCUCAUCCAGAAUGCUGGGCUCCUCAGCGGGUUCUUGGUCAUCCUCCUCAUCACCAUGUUCGCUGGAGAUAUUAACCUGGGCUGAGCCUUUUCGACUCCACAACACUGCGUGCCUUAUUCCUUAACAAAAACAAUCCAAAAGCAAUACUGAUUGUAAUGUCACACUAGAACUGAUCAUGAACUAACACUUUUGUACAGCAGAUAGAUUCCUCAACAUGAGCAUAUUUGUAAUGAUGAAAAAGUCUAAAGAAUAUUAAUAUACUAUUUUGUAUAUUGUUUUAAUCUACAGUAAAACAUGUUGUCUAAUCAAACGAUUUCAUAUUUGAAACAGUGCUUGUUUAUUUUCUUAUGACGAUUUAAGUUUCAGUAGUCAAUGAAUGACAUUAUACUACUCGCUUUGAUAGUAUUUAUGAAAGCCAUGAAAUAAAUUGGUCCUUCAUUAGCUGGACAGAUCAGUAAAACCGAUUACUACAUAAAAGAUUAAAUCCUAAGAAUACGGGGACUAUAGAUUCUAAAGAAUUUAGAAGGAAAAUAAAUUCAUUUAAUCCA